CGUUGAAUUACACUAUUUUGGUUCCAUCGGCAGCAGGAGGAGCAAUAUAUAUUUCUACACCAGAGAGGUCGGUGUGAACGUUCUGUGCCUCACGGUAACCCUACCGGUAGCKUCCUUCCUAUUUCACUAAAACUGUGUGGUUGCUAGACAAUCAAUAUCAUGACYUGCUCACGAUUGCUAUCSAAAGCAGUACGAAAGGAACGUCGAUGUUGCCCUCUGAAAUUGAUUUCAUCCGAUUUGGUGACGGGAACGACGAGGCAAGGGGUUAAUAAUGUGCCACUUCUGUCGACGGUCCCCACGCCGUCCUCUUUUCCAACGCCCGCUCCUACUUCCAGGGUCCUGAUGAAAGCUCCACUCAUUCUUCGUCAUUAUCAAAAUCAACACCACCAGACUUCGAGCAGCCAUGAAAUACAAAUCCAUCACCAACCACAGCACUACAAAAUUCGACACCAAAACCCCGCAACUACAGCUCACGUCGUGGAGUACUCCUAUCCGCAUUUGAUUCAGCAGCAAUCGACAAAUUCUGGUCCUUGUGGUAGCCACAAAAGCUCUUCAAAGACAGGGGUAGUAAAAAGGGUGGCAAAUAGACGACAUGCACACACACACGCCACCGCACAGGGGCUUGUUGCGAGAGGGACGAAUAAUCCCCCGGCAUCUGGAUGGAAGAAACCAAUCGUUUCGUYGUUGGGGUCGGGAUCCUUUUCUCUUUCUUCUGUGGUUCAUUCCUCGUCAUCAAAAUCGUCCUCUGAGGCCGUCGCGAAGGAUAAUGCUUCGGAUCCGGAAYCUCUCUUUUCUCUGCCCACGAGUGCCAGUAAUAAGCCGCCUCUUCCCGAGACGGUGGGUGUCGACAUGGAAGAACUMAUGAAAUUGGCAUCGAAGAAAACAACGCCGUUGGCCCUAAAAGAUAUGUACAAAUACGCAAUUGUUGACGCUAACAAUCGGGAGCAACGGAUACGAAAUGCGCAGUUUUUGCAUUCCGAGUGAGUUUKUUCCGUUCGGUUUUUUGUUAUUUUGAUGGCUCGCAUUUUUUCGAGCCUGGGAUUAAACGCAUGGUAUGAAAAAGACGUGCCAGCUCACAUCACUCAUUUUGUUUCGUCUCUUGAAACUGAAUCCACGAAUAAAUAAAUCAUCAUCAUUACUUGCUAUUCGCAUGACGGUGAUGCGCAUCAUCAAAAAUCGAUAGAUUGCCCGUACGGGUUGCUCAACGAGCUGUGGAUUUGUUAACACUGCCCCAUGGAUUGAACGAGAUACCGGCCGUGUUGCGAGUCGCACAUGUAUAUUUGCUGUACCUCGAAAAAUUUCAAGAGUGUCCAAUCCCUACUGAUGUCGAGUCAGAAAAUAAGUUCACGGAUAUGUUACAGAGCAUGGUCUUGGAACGAUCCUCGAUCCCGAACGCGAUUGCACAGGGUGUCGAUGCAUGGAUGAAAAACGACACGUGGACAGUUCAGGGAGACGGCGGAGACGACAACAACGAAGAAGAUGUGGAGRCAAGAGAGAAGGAACGGAAACGAAGAGUCAAGGAAAUGGAAGACGCACUUUAUCGGUUUUUCACGGCCAGAGUGGGAUUGAGAUUUCUCACGGAACACCAUAUCUUGAGUAGCCCAACGCGGGCAGCGAAACUGCCACKCGGUGAGGAGAAGGUUGACGAAGAUGAUUCCUUUCUGGGAUGCAUAGAGCCCGAUUGCUGUCCAACGCGAGAGGUUCGUAAGGUGGUAGAAGCCGUUCGAAAACAAACUAUGGAAUAUUAUGGAGACGGCGUUUGCCCUGAAAUACAAAUCGUGGACGGGGACAUAGCUGCACAUCGGAAAGAGUUGAACAACUUCACGUACGUCCCCCAUCAUUUGCACUACAUGGUGGGCGAACUGCUGAAGAAUGCAUGCCGUGCGACGGUAAAGAGGCACAUYGAAAGCAAAUCUACCGAAAAAAUUCCCCCCAUUAAAAUCGUUAUCGUGAAGGGGGCCGAGGAUGUCACCAUCAAAAUCGCGGACCGGGGUGGAGGCAUACCGCGAUCCAAAAUGUCGGAAAUCUGGCACUUUGCGCACUCUACGUCGGCUCAGGACGAAAUCGAGAACGAAACAGACUUCGGUGUCGAUGAAAUCACUGGUGCGGCGAUCCGCGGGUUCGGCUUGCCUCUAGCCCGAAUCUAUGCAAGAUAUCUCGGGGGAGAACUCACUCUGAAAAGCCUCGAGGGGUACGGAUUGGACGCCUAUCUGCACCUGCCRCGGCUCGGAAACAAGUGCGARAACCUACCGUUGCACGUGCGGUUUUCACCAUCGAAUCUCACCUCAAACCCCCUUCGCUCGUCGGCWUUGAGAAGAGCGCAGGCUUUGUUAAAAUAAUAACGAUAUAGAACUCARAUAGUUCUAUUUCCAGCUCACGCGCUUAMUGUAGAAUCGAGAUUGACACAWUAGACACCAGGGAUUUCUUCCAAYACUGAUGUACAUAAAAAUUGAAGCUACAG